GGUGGCUUCCGGUUCCGCUGUUCAUGGAGGUGUGCUCCGCUGUUUGGCUACAGUUUGGCAUCCUUGCCGUAUUUGCUAUGCGGUGCAGGUCACAAUUGGGAAUGUGUUCAAGAGCAUUUGCCGUUAACAUUUGUACUCAUCAGUCGCCAGGACGCACAGCAUAGAAGCGGGAAUCAACGUAUGUUUCAAACUACGCUUUGCUGUCCCGCGCUGUGUGGUUUAAUGGCGAAGUAAACUUUCGCGCUACGGGGAAGUUGCCGUUGGCCGUGUAUACGCCCGCUGUUUACACUUCCCUUUGGUGUACGGAGAUGUGUAACUGGUGCACCGUAAACGGACCACGAUGGAAUUGACCGACUACGCUUUCGACACACGAAUACGCAGGCGUCACAUUCCGUUGCUCAGCAAUCAGAGGCGACUCAGACAUUUGACAGCAAUACAUGCCCGGAACGUCGUGUCAACCGAAAUAUCAGAGUCUGAGUAUUUUGGCCUUUUCUACACGAUUCACCUAAAUCGCGAUGAUCCCGCCAUUUACACCAGUGAAGUGUGCGAGAAUAAUUUGAAUCCGAUGUGGCAGCAACUACAGAUGGCGAAGUUCAACAACCUGCGGAAUAAUUCUUCCAAAUCUCUAGUGGUGCGAGUCUGGCUAACCAAGAAAAAUGACUCUUGUGCCACUUGUCUGAUAGAAUGGGAUGUCAAUCUUCAUGGGCUCUACUUUCUUGGUGAACAGGUGCCCAAGGAUGGAAGGAAGUUUCUCCCAAAUACGCUUCUUUUUGCCAUGCCAGAAGGCAUUUAUGGAGCUGCAAACACCAUUGUGCAGGGAACAAAGAGCGACACCUCGGGUCACAGCUUAUACGAAGUUCUUUACUCAGACCCAACUGUGAUCAGGAAUUCGUGCUCAGUCAACAGCCUUAAGCGUAUGAUGAUGACAGAGAGAGCGAUCAAGCAAACACAGGCAUCAGUGUCACGUGUACGCCGAGCUAUAGAGCAGCGUCUUCAGCAGAGGCUACAACUUCAUGAGCGUCUUGCCGAGCAGGAAAAGUUGCAACUUCGAAUAGGUCUGCUAAAAGAAGUCAUCGAAGAGCGUUCUCGGCAGCUUGAAAAGGAGCAAGUUGCCUGCAAAGUUAAAGCGCAGGAGCUAGCUGACAAAGAGAAGCAACUGGCGACUAUGGCGGCCGAGCUUGUGGAGAAACGGAGCACGCUAGUGGAAAGGCGGAGGCACUACUUUGAAGUCCGGGAGAACUUGCUCAAGACUUCCUCGCGGUUGUUGUUCAGACAGAAGGAGCUCAUCACCGAGCUGGCUUUUAUAUACCCCGUCUUCCCAGGAGAAAAAGGCUACACCAUCUGUCUUGUUCAUCUUCCUAAUAGUGAGGACUUCAGUGAUCGGGAUGAUCAAACAGUUUCGGUUGCCUUGGGUUACGUCACACACACACUGCUGAUGAUGUCUCACUUCUUGGACACGCCGCUUCGCUAUCCCCUUAUCCACUGUGGAUCUAUGUCUUCAGUGCGAGACAACCUCAUCGAGCAUUUUACAGACAAAGAGCGCGAGUUUCCCUUGUAUAUGAAAGGAAAGGACCGCAUGACAUUCAACUACGGUGUCUACCUCCUCAAUCGCAACAUUGCCCAGUUGAGGUGCUACUGCAACAUUGUUACCAAAGAUCUUCGGACAACCCUGCACAAUCUUCAUGGGCUUUAUGAGUUCUACAGCAUAAAGCAGAACAGCCAACCAAGCAGUGCACCGGUGCUAGUGCCAGCUUCUCCACUCGCUGUGCCUGUCAAAAGUAACAACAACACAGCCUCUUCACGGGAGCAGCGGUCAUCUGAUGAGGUGCUUUCGCCUCCCACAGCGAAACGCGAGGACAUGGAGCACAUCUUCAAAUGUGAGGAAGAGCCGUCGGGUGGCGCAGAGGCAAGCUCAGCCCCGCAAAAACUGAGCAGUUCUCUGGACAAAGGGCUGGACAACUUUCAGAGCACGGCUGCCACUGAGCCCGAGGACAAGAGGAGCACCGCAAUGCCUGUCAAGUUCCCAACACUGAAGAGCAGCUAUCGCCUAAGUGAACCAAACCUCCGAGAGUUCGAGACGCGCACCAUGUUCAAGGAGAGACGAGCAGCGACGGAGCACUUGUUGCCCGUGCCGCCUGUUGUGUACGACGCAACGGAGGAGAGUGGAUCGCUCAACAGUGGUGACGGCAUUGUAGAAGUAGCUGUGGACACACUGUUUGAUGCAGAUCUGACGGCACGGACAGAGCAGUUGGCUAGUGCGGUGCGCAGUUUCAGGACUUACUCGUCGGUAUCAUCGUCCAAUGGACCGAGCCCAAAGCCAUAGCGUUUUUCUCUCCCAUAGUGUAAAGGGAAGUGGGUUGGGUUGUGGAAACCCUGUGCAAACCAUUGUGUUUUUCUCUCCCAUAUUGUAAAAGGAAGUGGGUUGUGUUGUGAAAGCCCUGUGCAAGACUUCCUCUCUUGAUUACUAAAUUGAACUGUUUUGAAACGAGGAACUUCACAUCGGCAGCUCGAGACAGCUAGUUUCUGUUUAUACUCCUAGCAUCAUUGUCGGGCUUACAGAUGGCAGUAUGGUGUAUAUUUCGGCUAUGCCAAUUCGCUGCACAAAAGCCCGGCAGCUCUGGUUUGUUCUGUAUACAGGCUUGCCAAAUAUGUGUAGCCUUGGUAACGAAAUCGAUUACGAGCACUUCGUCUUUUCUAUACUAGAAUGAUGUCUCCUCUGGUAGUGACACCAUUUGUGCCUGUUUAUUGCAAACGUCAAAGAACCUGUUACCAAUUAAUGGUAAAUUUACUUGUAUAUUCACUGGUUAUUGUAAGUUAAAGAAGUUUUUAUGCUGUUAUAAGUGUAUUCGGCAUGUUAUAUUAUAUUAUUUUGAAUGUUAACGUAGUUAUAAGUGCACAUGUUUGUUCAGGAUGGCUACCAACUCCUGACUGUUGUAAAUUUUGUGUUAAUAAGUGAUAUCUCUUUUGUACUCUGCGUUUUGUUGUGAUGGCUUUUCGUGGGAACUGCCACAUUGCAGGUGAAAAUUGUAACUGUGCAAUGUAGUGAUAUUUGUUUGCUUGCAGUGGGGAUUUGCCACACGAGUUAUAAUCAUUGUGAUAUUAGUGUCUAUCUUUUCUACGAUGAGUGCUUGAGCACAGGACUUUUUGCUGGGAAACAAAAGUAACUGCUCAUGCUAGUCAAAAAGAUUAGAAAGCAUUGUAUUCAGCUUGGAUGUUUGAGAGACUGAAAUAAAACUUGUUUUCAUGGUUGACAAUUUCUUCAUGAUCUGUGAAAGAGCCUAUAAGCGACAUUGACAAAAAAUACGGGUGGUGCACUCAGGUGUUUAUUGUACUGUGCUUGAAUGCCUCAGAAAGCACUACCUCUGAAUAUUGAAUUGAAUUUUUUUAAUUGGAAAUGAAUUUGUCAUUAUGUCUGGCUUGGUCCCUGCGGUAAAAGUAAUGCAGGCAUGCUACAAAUAAAGCACGCUUAAAAGCUCCCUGUAUAACUUUCUUACUGCCAAAUAAAAUUGAAGCAUCACACUUUUCAGAAAGCUUGGUUUCUUAAGUUUAAAAAACUGGUCACUUGAGUUUUGAAUCGAUGUAUUCUUGAUCAGAUAGCUUUGCAUUUGCUCACAACAUCAUGGCGUUAUAUGCAUGGAUAAAGAACCCAUUUCUCCAGUAUGUUCAAUAAACGUGCCCUUUGUUUUUCGAAACUCGGA